CUCGAGAGAGGUAAGAGUUGGGAAAUAGAAGUAUCACAAAUCACAGGCGCUAAUGUACAUCAUCCUGUCACAGAUCAAAGAGUUUAAAAGAUAUUGAAAUGGUAUAUAUAAGAUCUUCCUGUCUCCUUUCUUUUCCUUCAAUUUUGGAUGUUCUAUUGAAUUAUUGCAUAAGUAUAUACUCCGUACUCCGUACUUGGUAUACACUUAUACUUGGGCUCUUAUUAUUGUUUCGAUUAUUGCAUUCUACCCGUUCUAUCUCUAUUUCUAUAUCUCUAUAUUCUCUACGCAAUGUCGGAGGAUUUUGAGUCACUGCCUCCAGCAGUACGAAGAAAGUUCUUCUCGAACGUCGAGCGUUUGCGUAUCCGGCUAGCCCAGAGCGAUCACGGUUCCCCUACCUGCUCCACGUCAAACUAUCAGACCGAUAAUCGGGUCUAUCGAGCCCCUCGUCUUGGGUCUGACUAUCACUCGCGUGGCUUACGGAACGGAUCUAGGAAGCGAGGGCUCGAGAAACGUUCUUCUCCUUCCAAGAAAUUACGCAAACCCGGCUCUCUUCAAUUGGCCUACCUGGCCGCCCAGGCGGACUCUCAAUGCUUCCAUUCUCUCCCCGCUAAGAUCCAACAAAAGCUUUUCUCCCCCGAAGAACGUCGACGUUUGAGAAACGCUUAUCGACAAAGUCUCAUCUACGACGCUGCCGACGAAGCCUACCGUCGAGAUUCCGGUCGAGAUUCUAGCCGGAACUGUCGCUCUUCCAUUGACACCCACCCCUCCCAAGCAACUGUGUCUGUUGAACAGGUUCAACCAUCGACCGUCUUUUAUUCAGACUCCGAGUCGGACGAAGAAGACCCAAACAUGGAUCCAACAUUCCAUGACAGUUUCCGGUGGCUCGACGAGGAUGGCGAUCUCGACUUAUCUCUCGAUGAAUAUCACGCUCAUGUCGCAGAUGCUGCCACAGGAAAGAGAACCCGCCCGUCUUUCCGCCGCUCCUUAUCCUUUUCCAACCACCUUCGCAAAACAUUAGAAAUUACACCUAUUUCAGCUCGGGGACUCCCGCCUGUCAGGCAGUCUCAGCCUCUAACCCCUCUCUCCAACCGAACCCCCGAAUCGCGCCCAUCAUCCCACCGAUUCGAACAUGCCCCCAAAUCAUCCACCUCGAGCAUCGACCCCUAUGCACAAUACUACCAAGACCCCGAUGCCCGUUUGAAAUUGCGCGUGUACCUGGCAUCCCCACAGAAGUUCGACGAAGCCAUUGAAUUCGGAUUUCCCUCGCUGGAUCAAAACAAUAAGGAGAAUAUCGCCCCGGAACCAAUCACACCGAACCCAAGCUCACCGAAACCCACCCUGGUCAACUCGGACUUUGGCACAUUCUUCGAAGACGACGAUGGCACCAUGGUGGGGAGCCCCAGGGGAUCGGUCAAAAAUGAACCAAUCCCUUCGCCCGUGCUCACACAGCCGAACGCGCCCCGACCCUCCGUGGAAUCAUCAGCCCUCUUGCAGCGACGCCAAUCCUGGCUGCCGGGGACCAAGGGAGUCCCACAACGGCUUCCGGGAAACCGUGAGAUGACUCUCAAAAUGACCCUCACUCGGCCUGACCUCCGCACCGACUCUCCCACCCCUCCUGCUUCUUCCAAAGAAAAGGAAGAUCCCUUGCGGUUGGCUGAACUUCCUCCCCCAGAUCGCAGCCAGUCGAUCUGGGACUCGGACUUGGACGAGCAAAGUAUGAUGAGGAAGAUGUGGCGCAAGCUCCGACGCCGAGUUUGAUUUAAAUAUUUCGAUCGACUUCGAUUGACUUCCAUUCGUUUUAUCUUUAAUAUUCCCCGAUUUAUUCUCAACACUAAGAUGUUGUUUCUUGUUCGUUUGGCGUGAACUCAUUUUUCGUUCUAUACCAUUCUGAACGUUAAUCCGAUCCUUUGCAUUUUUGAGCGAUGUUUUCUUUCUACACGGGGUCUACAUUUUUAUGUAUCUAUUUAGCAGUGUUCUGUACAUAUAACCAGCUGCUUGAUGUCAAAUUGAUUCAACAGACUACCUAUUUUU